CUUUGAAUUGAAUUGAUGGAUGAAGGUAUGGGAGCUGCCUAUGGCACAACAAAGAGUGGUGUGGGAGUGGCUUCCAUGGGUGUGAUGAGACCGGAGCUGGUGAUGAAGUCUAUCGUACCUGUUGUUAUGGCUGGUGUUUUGGGUAUUUAUGGUCUUAUUAUUGAUGUUAUUAUCAGUACUGGGAUUAACCCCAAGGCUAAAUCUUAUUACCUUUUUGACGGUUAUGCACAUCUCUCCUCUGGUCUUGCCUGUGGGCUUGCUGGGCUCUCUGCUGGCAUGGCUAUUGGUAUUGUUGGUGAUGCCGGUGUUAGGUAUGAUUCUUCUACCUUAGUAAUUGAUUUGUGUAAUUAAACUUGAAACUGGUUUUUAGAUGACUUUUUCCCUUUUUGAUUUGCUCUGAU